AUGCGGCUCCUCAAUAUCAAAACCUUAAAGUUGGAAUGGUUCCAUAAUGCAGAUGUCGCUCCUAGCUACGCCAUCUUGUCUCACCGUUGGGAGGAUGAGGAGGUACUAUUCGAGGACGUCAAUCACAGACUGAUGUGCUCUCUGAUCCGCUCACCAGAUGGUUGGGCAAAGGUUUUAGCCUUUUGUAAAAUCGCAGAACAGUUUGGCAUAUCAUAUGUUUGGAUCGAUACUUGUUGCAUUGACAAAAACAGCAGUACCGAAUUGUCCGAGUCGCUCAAUUCUAUGUUUGCUUGGUAUCGAUGCGCUACCUUGUGCAUAGCGUACCUCUCUGAUGUCAGUACGGACUGGGGGAAUAAAGAUUCUUACAGGGGACUCUCACGACGUCAUCCAAAAUAUAGAGGACAUCCACGUAAAUCGGUUUGGUUUAACCGGGGAUGGACUUUGCAGGAAUUGAUUGCACCGAAGGAUGUUUGGUUCUACAAGCGAAACUGGACUUUUCUCGGGAUUCGAUCGGAGCUGAUUGAUGAACUUCAUGAGAUUACUGGUGUUCAAAAGGAGAUACUCCAAAGGAAUGGCCUAGAACAUUUGCACACUUUGAGCGUUGCAGCACGGAUGUCAUGGGCGGCGAAUCGAGAGACUACGAGACCAGAAGACCUGGCAUACUCCCUCCUAGGUCUUUUCGGCGUCAACAUGCCCAUUCUGUACGGCGAAGGAGAGCGAAAUGCAUUCUUCAGACUGCAGGUGAUGAUAUUUCAGUCGUUUUCCGAUCACAGCAUCUUUGCAUGGAAAGCAUUGUCUUUACCUCGUGUCUCGCGGUUAGUUGCCGUCCUUUCCAUUUCUACUCUCACGGAAGCCUAA